CGAUGCUUCCCCCACCACCCUCCAGCCGUCCCGAUCCAAAACCUGUCUUCUGCUGCUGGCUAACAACAACAAAAGUUUAUGUAAACACAAGGCUCAAUUUAGAUAAAAUGGAGACGACCAACAAAUUUAAGACGGAUUUUAAAUACUACAAACAAAAGUGCCCUUUACCUGACUUUUCCAAAGUUUUGGACUUUUCGAAUAUAAAGGAGGAGACUGGGUUGAAGAGAUUACAUGCUGACAUAUCAGGAAAAUUUGUUGAACGUGAUAAUGAAGAGGCCUUUGUCGCUGGUUUAAUGAUACCUCCAUCAGAAUGGGUCAUGUACGAAGUGCUCGAUAAACCAGGGUUAUUGUUUAUAAAAAAUCCAUUCAAUGCCAUUGGACAACGAUAUUGGAUUUACCGAUGUCUUAGGGACUACACACGCCGUCCAAAUAGAUUAAACAUAGAUGCACACCACAUUUUAAACAAAAGUAACGAAUGGUGGGAUUCUUGUCAAGGAGACGAUGAGCACAGCAAAUCUCUGAAUAGAAAACUCAGAUGGGCUACCAUGGGCUACCAUCACAAUUGGGACACAAAAGUGUACAGUGAAGACAUGAAGGAUCAAUUUCCAACUGAUUUGGCUGAUUUAUCAAGAUAUGUAGGGAGGAUCAUUGGUUUCCAGGAUGAUUUCAGUGCUGAGGCUGCAAUAGUCAACUUUUAUCACUUCGAUUCAACUCUCUCUGGUCACACUGACCAUUCAGAAAUGAAUAUGACUGCUCCUCUAUUUUCUUUCAGGUACGAUGUGCACUUUGGCCAAACUGCUAUUUUCCUACUUGGUGGUCCUUCAUUAGAUGUUGCUCCAACAGCAAUGUACAUAAAGAGUGGUGAUAUAGUUAUAAUGUCAGGGCAUAGUCGAAAAUGUUACCAUGGAAUUCCCAAAAUAGUUCCUUCUAAGGAAGCACCAUGGAACAUGGAUAAUAUUUCUCCUUUGGCUGAUUGCAAUUUUCAUUCUAGAACAAGUGAGGAAAAUGAAGAGUUUUCUCCCAACCCUCCUUGCAAACGGUCAAGAGUGGAAAGCUCUGUCCAGUCUGAGAUUAUUCAAAAUCUUUCAUGUGAAAAGUUCUGGAAACCUUUCUGUAGGUACAUUGAGCACUCUAGAAUAAAUAUGAAUGUUAGACAGGUGUUGUUUAAAGGAGAUAAAGCAUUAGAUAAUAAAGGCACCUGACAGUUGAUAUAUUUCAAACCAA